UCCAAGGGGCGUGCGAUAGCCUAUGGUUUCUCAGCACACGGAUCGAUGACGUGGCGAUAGAUCGUCGAAAUCCCGCGUAAACCCGAAACUUCAAUUUUUUCGCGAUUCGAUUUUUUGUUUGCGUUUUCUCUACACUGCCCUUCCUCGCAACCCUUCUUAUCCCCUGGCUCGCGCGCUCAAACCUCACAACACAACACAACGCGCACUCUCUCUUUUUCUCUCUGUUUUUUGUUCUCUCUUCGCUUAAACCCUAUCGUUCUUCUCGUUUUCGCCGAUUCUCGCCAUGCCGAAAGCUAAAUCCGACGCCAAAGCCGCCGAUAGCAGGUUGAAGCGGAAGGGCGCUGGUGCUGGGAGGAAGCAAUCGAAGAAAGCUGCUAAGGACCCUAACAAGCCGAAGAGACCUCCAAGCGCUUUCUUCGUUUUCAUGUCCGAGUUCAGAGAGCAGUUCAAGAAGGAGCAUCCUAACAACAAAUCCGUCGCUGUUGUCGGCAAAGCUGGUGGUGAAAAAUGGAAAUCGCUAUCUGAUGCUGAAAAGGCCCCUUUCGUUGCUACUGCUGAGAAGAAGAAACAGGAGUAUGAGAAAACUAUUUCGGCUUACAAUAAGCAAUUGGAGGGAAAGAAUUCAGAGGAAGACGAGUCUGACAAGUCAAAGUCUGAAGUCAAUGAUGACGAGGAAGAUGAGGAGGAGGAUGAUGAUGAGUAAAGAUGGUGAUACAUGAUGAAGCGUAGGUGGAUGCGGGAAAAGAAAAUUGUUUUGCAUAGUUGUUGGGUUUAGAAUUUCAUAGGAUGGUUCCCUACCCACAUCCUUUUCUGAUAAUUAGUUUCUGAAUUUUUAUUUUGUCCUCCCUCAGUAGGUUUAGAUUAGUGCACAAUCGUAAUUAGGGUUUAAUAUCAUGAUCCUGUACUUAAAGUCAAUGUUAUGAUACGUUUCUAUUCUAUUCUCGAAGAAAUUCCACUGCCUCUUUCAAUUUCUACA